AUGGCGCAGAACAACCUGAUUGAUGGCACCUUGGCGCGCCUCACUAAGCAAAACCACGCUUCCAUGAAGGUUUUGCUUCGCUACGUCUAUUGUGAAAUCAAGCAAAUGCCCAAUGCCAGAGGAGGUUCCUGGUGCAAAAUGAUUAUGCGCUUCGUGGACAAAGACGGCAAGGGUCUGUACGCGGAGCUUCGCGCGUCGGACGCCAAUGCUCUGAAGAAGGUGGCUGAUCCCUGGAGCAAGGAUGUCUUCUAUGCCACGCACCUCGAGCCGGUCAGUAACAAAUUCUUCGCUGGGCUCUAUGUGGAUUUGUCAGACAGAGCCUCGAGGGCCACAGUGAUUCCGGUUGCUUCUUCCCACCCGUCGGCGAUGGAGAUGAAGACCCUCUUCCCCGUUGCAAGGUCGGACUUCUCGGUGUUGGCGACACAGUGCCAACACCGAGAGCGUGUGGAUGUCAUUGGACUGGUCACGGAGCUCGAGAUGCCGAGUACGAUCAAGCCCAAAGCCAAUCUCUGGUUGAAGGACGCAUCGGGCAAGGAGAUGCUGGUGAACAUCUGGGGCGCCCGCUUCGUAAAGAGUCUGGCUGACGCGCACGAAGGUAGCGUCGUUCGGAUCGACAACCUUUCCCUGCUGAAGAAGGAGAACAAUUCCAUCGAAGGCACCGUGGAACAUUUCGUCGACAACGACAAGCACGGCUUUAGUAUGCUGCACGUGGACCCCAAAGGCGAUCGGGCACAGGAGCUUCGGGAUCUGGGCACGUCACAAGCCGAUCGCAUCUCCGUUCCUUGGUGCCCUUCCUUGAGUGGUGGCGGCAGGCUGAUCUCCGACUUGGAGCCUUGCUACGUCGCAUGCGCCGCAACUAUGAAUGCAUUCGGCAGCGCAAAGGAGCAGGGAGCAACGCAGGACUGCUUUCGCGAGAAAGUGGAAGUGGCCCUGCACAACGUCUGGCUCGUCGACGUCCUUGGGAAUCCAGUCUAUGCUCCGUGCAAAGUAUGCACCACGAAGAUCGACCCAGUGACCGGUAAGUGCAAGCGCGCCAUGGAUGGAUGUCAGACGGAGUCUGCGGAUGCCCAGCCUCGAGGGCUGGCCACCGUGCACUUGGCGAAUUGGACGGGGCAGCUCAGCAAUGUUCUUGUGGGAGGAACGGAGCUGGCGGCGCUGGCCCGGGUCCGUGACGAAGAGGGGGCUGUGCGACGCACGGCUGGGCACGUCGCACCGCCUCGGCCGACCCCGGGGGUCUCCGCGCAGCAAGCUUCGCAUGCGAGUGUGGCCGGCGGACUUGCUCCCCCGACCCAGUUUCAAGUCUUGGCAGCUCGCGCCUGCUUCGGGGAGGAGUACGACGAGGACCGGCGUUCGAUGGUGAAAAAGAUCACCCGUCUUGCGACCGAGAAGCGAGAUGGUGCUGUGCUGCCAGUCCAUUGUCCGAUUGCCGAUUUGAUGUGCUCAGACAUGGGCACCUUCUUCACGAUAGAGGGUGUCUUCGCAAACUACGUGACCGUCGUGGCCGUUGCCGAAGACGAGCCCACCGUGGAGGAGGUGUACAAGGACGAGGAGAAGCACCUGGUGAGGAAGCACGAAGAGGCGUUGCAAAGCAACAAACGAUCUGGCAGCAGCCUCGUGCAGGAGACGCCAUCGAAAGUGAAGUGCAGCGCUUGGGACAUGAACUGUUCCUGGUGCAAAAUGAUUAUGCGCUUCGUGGACAAAGACGGCAAGGGUCUGUACGCGGAGCUUCGCGCGUCGGACGCCUCCACUCUGAAGAAGGUGGCUGAUCCCUGGAACAAGGAUGUCUUCUAUGCCACGCACCUCAAGCCGGUCAGUAACAAAUUCUUCGCUGGGCUCUAUGUGGAUUUGUCAGACAGAGCCUCGAGGGCCAAAGUGAUUCCGGUUGCUUCUUCCCACCCGUCGGCGAUGGAGAUGAAGUCCCUCUUCCCCGUUGCAAGGUCGGACUUCUCGGUGUUGGCGACACAGUGCCAAGGGCGCGAGCGUGUGGAUGUCAUUGGACUGGUCACGGAGCUCGAGAUGCCGAAUACCUCCAAGCCCAAAGCCAACCUCUGGUUAAAAGACACGUCGGGCAAGGAGAUGCUGGUGAACAUCUGGGGCGACCGCUUCGUAAAGAGUCUGGCUAACGCGCACAAAGGUAGCGUCGUUCAGAUCGACAACCUUUCCCUGCUGAAGAAGGAGAACGAUUCCAUCGAAGGCGCCGCGGAACAUUUCAUCGACAACGACAAGCACGGCUUUAGUAUGCUGCACGUGGACCCCAAAGGCGAUCGGGCACAGGAGCUUCGGGAUCUGGAACCCACGCAAGGCGAUCGCAUCUCCGUUCCUUGGUGCCCUUCCUUGAGUGGUGGCGGCAGGCUGACCACUGACUUGGGGCCCUGCUACGUCGCAUGCGCCGCAACUAUGAAUGCAUUCGGCAGCGCAAUGGAGCAGGGAUCAACGCAGGAGAAAGUCGAAGUGGCCCUGCACAACGUCUGGCUCGUCGACAUCGUUGGGGAUCCAGUCUAUACUCCGUGCAAAGUGUGCUCCACGAAGAUCGACCCAACUUCCGGUAAGUGCAAGCGUGCCACCGAUGGAUGUCAGACGGAGCCUGCGGAUGCCCAGCGAGUGCUGGCCACCGUGCACUUGGCGGACUGGACGGGGCAGCUCAGCAACGUGCUUGUGGGAGGACCGGAGCUGGCGGCGCUGGCCCGGGUCCGUGACGAAGAGAAGCUGGUUGAGUUGAUCCAGUUGAAAGGCAGUGAGGCAGUCUGCUUCAGGGGGCCGUGCGACGCACGGCUGGGCACGUCGCACCGCCUCCUCGGCCAACCGCGGGGGGGCUCCGCGCAGCAAGCUUCGCAGGCGAGUGUGACCGGCGGACUUGCUGCCCCGACCCAGUUUCAAGUCUUGGCAGCUCGCGCCUGCUUCGGGGAGGAGUACGACGAGGACCGGCGUUCGAUGGUGAAAAAGAUCACCCGUCUUGCGACCGAGAAGCGAGAUGGUGCUGUGCUGCCAGUCCAGUGUCCGAUUGCCGAUUUGAUGUGCUCAGACAUGGGCACCUUCUUCACGAUAGAGGGUGUCUUCGCAAACUACGUGACCGUUGUGGCCUUUGCCGAGGACGAGCCCACCGUGGAGGAGGUGUUCAAGGACGAGGAGAAGCACCUGUUGACGAAGCACAAGGAGGUGUACUCGCACACGCUCGAGCGUGUAGGAGACAGAAAGGCAUUCGGGAUCGAGGCUUUUUGUCAAUUCACAAAUUGCUUCCUCUUCAACAUGGCAGACGGCCUUCCGCGCUUGAUCUUGGGCCGUGUGAUCAAGAAUGCUGCAACCCAGGAGGUGGUUUUGCAGGUGGAAUGGAUGUCGAAAGUGACACCUGAGCAGAUCACGACAUUCUCGAAGGAGCGUGAGAUGGUCUGGAACCUCCUCAAGGGCGGACCGGCGUUGCAAAGCAACAAACGACCUGCCAGCAGCCUCGUGCAGGAGACGCCAUCGAAAGUGAAGUGCAGCGCUUGGGAAAUGAACUGA